AUGUUUUCGACACUGGUGCUCGGAGCUCUCACGCUGUGCUCGACCAUCGCGGCCGCCCCCCCUCCUCAACCUCCUUGUGGCAAUUGCCGGGAUGCGGCACAAUACCUGACGGUCGACUCAUCCAAUGGGCCCAUCACAGGACAUUUGGCGCCAAACACCUCGUGUGUCGUCGAGUAUCUUGGCAUUCCCUAUGCGAAGCCUCCAGUGGGCGACCUGAGGUUUGCGCCUCCGCAGAGGUUUGUCGCCACGGACCCGUACGAGGCCGCUGCGUUUGGCAAUGAUUGCCCUCUGACGGCGUCGAAGCCGGUCAACUACCCCGGCUUCACCCCGCAGGCUCAGAGGGUCAUCAACUACUUCGCAUCUGCAGCUGGCACCCCACAGAGCGAGGACUGCUUGACCCUCAACAUCUGGUCCAGGCCUACGCCCAACUCCCGCAGAGCGAACAAGCCCGUUCUCGUCUUUUUCUACGGAGGACGUUUCACCAUUGGGAACACCAACAGCCCGUUCUACAAUGGCAAGUACUUCGCGGAAGCCGAGGACAUCGUCGUGGUCACGGUGAACUACCGCCUCAAUCUCUUUGGCUUCCCCGGUGCUCCAGGCCAGCCCCAGAACCUGGGUCUGCGCGACCAGCGCGCCGCCGUCGAGUGGGUUCGGGACAAUAUUUGGCGCUUCGGCGGCAACCCGUCCAAGAUCACCAUUUCCGGCCAGUCCUCCGGCGGUGUCGGUGUUGACUUUUGGGCGUACGCGUACAAGAACGACCCCAUCGUCCACGGCCUCAUCGCCCACUCGGGCAAUGCCUUCAGCUUCCCCGCCAACACCAAGACCGUGCAGGAGAAGAACUGGGACACAGUCGUGUCCGCCGUCAACUGCACUGGCGCCGCUGACACAAUGGCCUGCAUGCGCCAGGUAGACUGGAAGGUCCUCGAGGCCGCAGCUGCCGCCAUCAGGCCCUCCAAGAGCACCAGCGUCCUCCGCUCCAUCCCUGCCUUCUGGCCCAAGCCCGACAACGAGACGGUCUUCUCCGACUACGUCGGCUUGACCGCCAGCGGCAGCUUUGCCAAGCUGCCCAUCCUCUUCGGCAACAACGACAACGAGAACGGCUACUACCAGAUUCCGGCUUACGCCCAGGGCAUCGUGCCCACCGCCGACCAGGUCAAGUCGUUCCUCCUCGAGUCCUUCACCUGCCCCGUCGCCUACCAGGCCGCCGCCCGCCGGAACCAGAGCGUCCCCUCCUACAUCUACCGCUACUUCGCCGACUGGGACAACACCCGGCUGUACCCCACCUCUGGCGCCUACCACGGCGUCGACCUGCACAUGAUCUUCGGCGCCUCUGCCGACGUCAGCGGUCUGCCCACCAGCCCCGACCAGCGCAAGCUCACCAAGCUGAUGCAGAAGGCGUGGUUCGCCUUCUCCGACGACCCGGCCAACGGCCUGGCCCGCGUGGGCUGGCCCAGGUUCGACCCCGACCGCAAGACCCUCAUCCAGCUCGGUCUGAGCAACUCCCCCAAUGCCCAGUUCACCAGCCCUUCCGAUUUUGACGCGCCGUGCCCCAACGUCGUGAUGGGCGCUCUGGCCAAUAUCGCUACUGCUGCCGCCGCAGUGGUGGCGGAGGUCGCCGACACGGUAGUUUAG